CGACCUGGUGCGGCCAAAAGCGUGGCGAGCACAACAGAGAGCCGUGGGACCGCACGACAUUGUUUUUGUACUUUUGUAAAGUUUGAUACUCUUCUUCCUUUGUUAUUUCUGGCUUUUUAAGAUGGAAGGCAUGGCCGUGGAGGAAUGGCGCGGCGAGGAUGCCAAGGAAGUUGAGGUGUCGAGCAUGGGGAGGGGGGAUCAGCACGGGUACCCUCACGCUCUGGCUCUCGUGGACAGCAGCGACCCACGCGCCUGGCUCGCUCCCGUGCAGCCCGGCACCUGCGCGCCACGCGUCGACUACCUGCUGCACUCGCCCGGCGUGAGCGCAGAAGGCGCGUGCCCCUCAGCGGGAGCGGGUGCGGGAUCGGGUGCGGGAUCGGGCUUCAGGAAGAGCUCCCGAAGCCCGGUGAGAGUGCGGGACCUGUGUCGGCUGAAGGCGCCCGGCGGGGCGGAAGAGGGCAGGCAGAGAGCUCCGUCCAGCAAGCCCACGAACGUGGUGCAGAAGCAGCGGCGCAUGGCCGCGAACGCGCGCGAGAGGCGCAGGAUGCAUGGACUGAACCACGCCUUCGACGAGCUGCGCAGUGUCAUUCCCGCCUUCGACAACGAGAAGAAGCUCUCCAAGUACGAGACCCUGCAGAUGGCGCAGAUCUACAUCAGCGCGCUGUCGGAUCUGCUGCAGGGCCCGGGGGGCAAGGGGGCUUCGCCUGAAUACGAGGGGUCGAGCAGUGCCCCUGCGCUGGGACCGCCCUCCUCAUCCUCUUCAUCCUCUUCGUCCUCUUCGUCCACCUCAUCCUCAUCCUCCUCGUCCUCCUCCUCGUGUCGGAGGGAUGCGGGGACCGAGUUCCCAGUGCACCUGAGCUCCAUGCCAUUCCCCUACGGAGAAGGAGCCCUGGCGGCACUGAUGGGGCACGAGGCCGUCAUGUCCCCCUCGGGGAGCCUUAAGCCCGGGUCCGAGGGCGCCAAGGACUCCCCCCGGUCGAGUCGCAGCGACGGGGAGUUCUCCCCCCACUCCCAUUUCAGUGACUCGGACGAAGCGCACGUGGAGCUGCACAGCGAGGACGAGCUUUCCGAGUUGAAGACCCUCGGUCAGCACACCUUCUAA